UGACUCAUGGCAAUGGUGGGGCUCUGGACCGCGGCGACGCGCUCGACCCCGCUGCUGCGUGGGCGUCUGUGUUCGACGCUCAAGCCGCAGGUAGCGGCCUACGACCUAGUGGUGAUCGGUAGUGGACCAUCCGCCACGCAGUGCGCACUCGAGUCUGCCAAACAGGGUAAACGUGUUGCCAUUGUGGACAAGAAGACACGACUGGGUGGUGUGUGUGUUCACACGGGCACGAUCCCGUCCAAGACGUUUCGUGAGGCUGUGCUGCAUCUCUCAGGCUAUCGUCACCAUGGUUUCUAUGGCAAAUCCUACAGUAUGAAGACCGUGACAAUCGAGGAUAUUUUGUAUCGUGUGCAGCGAGUCGUGAGCUCCGAAGAGGACGUGGUGCGCGCUCAGCUGAAAGCUGCGAGAGUGGACGUUGUGCCAGGUUUUGCGCGCUUCGAAAACGAGCACGAGAUCUCCAUCGUCCGAGAUGAGGACGACAAGAAGAAGAACAGCUCAGUCACAGGUCGCAGCAAUGUGGACUCACUCUCUCGUAUCAAGGCCGAUAAAUUCCUCAUCGCAUGCGGUACGAGACCUGCACACAACCCGCUUAUCCCUAUCGAUGGUAAGGUUGUCAUCGAUAGUGACCAGAUCCUCAGUCGCGACAUGCACCAGCUGCCACGUUCGCUUAUCGUCUUGGGCGCUGGUGUCAUCGGCAUGGAAUACGCAUCCAUGGUCAAUGUCGUGCCUGGCCACACAGUCACAGUCGUGGAUGGACGGCCAGACAUACUGUCCUUCUGCGACCGCGAGAUCAUCAGCAACCUCACGUAUGAGAUGCAGAGCAACGGAGCACGGUUCCUACUGGGCGAGACUGUUAAGAAAGUUGAGACGACGGACAAGCGCGUGAAGGUAUUCUUCAACAGCGGCAAGGCACUUAGUGCCGACGCGCUAUUGUACACGGUGGGCCGUCAGGCGGCCACGGACGGACUGAAUCUCGAAGCGGUGGGACUCUCGCGCAACCAUCGCGGCCUCAUCAACGUCAACAAGAAUUACCAGACUGACCAGCCUCACAUCUACGCUGCUGGCGACUGCAUUGGUGCCCCAGCACUUGCCUCCACAAGCAUGGAACAAGGUCGUCUGGCGUCGUGCCACAUGUGGAAUCCGGACGAGGAACUCGCUGCCACGAGUCAAUUGGAGAACGGCAACUAUCCAUACGGCAUCUACACAAUCCCAGAGAUCUCUAUGGUGGGCCAAACGGAGCAGCAACUCACGAAGGAUUGCGUCAACUACGAGAUUGGAAUUGCCAAGUACUCGGAACUUGCAAAAGGCCAGAUGAUGGGGGCCAUGGCUGGUGGCACUUUGAAGAUCCUAUUCGAUCCUGACACACUCAAGGUGUUCGGUGUCCACGCCAUCGGAGAGGGAGCUACGGAGAUUAUUCACAUUGGACAGGUAGCAAUGGCCAUGGGCUGCUCUCUGACCUACUUCCGCGACGCUGUGUUUAACUAUCCAACGCUAGCGGAAGCUUACCGUGUCGCCGCCUUGAACGGACUGGGCCGUCUCAGUCGUAACACUGAAGAACACUAA